CCACAGCCGGGCCCCGUGAGCAAGGUGUGCGCGCGCAUAGGAGAGUGCAGCAGCAGCCCCAGCCACCAGCGCCGCGCGCAGCCCUCAGUGUCCAGGUGAUGAGCUGCAAGAGCGGGAAACACUUUGUUGCGCAGGUCCAGCCACGACGGCCGCCGCGAUGGAGCGCGAGGUGCUGCUGCUGAUCCUGGUGCCGCUCAUCGCCGUGCUCGCCGCCCCCGCCGACGAGCACCAGCACCUGCCCGAUGACGACCCCGGCGACGACGACUUCACGGGCCGGGGACCCACGUUCGGCCCCGGCGGCUUCCUGGACUUCUCGCGAGGAUACCAGCGCCUGGGCAAGAAGAUGAUCCUGCCGCUGCUGGUCGGCAUCCUGCUCAAGGUGGCCAGCUUCGUGCCGCUCAUCCUGGGCAAGCUGACGCUGCUCGCGCUCGCCUCCAUCGUGGCCUCCAAGCUGGCGCUGCUCAUCUCGGCCAUCGUGGGCACCAAGAAGCUGUACACGUCGCACGCCGUGCCCUACUCGUACGGCGGCCACCACGCCGGCGGCCACGACUGGGAGGGCGCGGCCAGCAGCAUGUACGCCGAGCUGGCGCAGCCGUCGGCCGCGGCGUACGGGGCGGCGGCGGCGUACGGCGCGCACCCCGCGGCCGCCAUGCAGGCCAUGUCGCACCACCGGCGCGUCGCCCCGGCGGCCGCCCAGCCCAGCGCCGGCAGCGCCCUCGCCUCGCUCGCCGCGCAGUUCGGCCGCGCCCUGGACCUCGACGCCCUCGAGAAGGGACGAAGCUCGACGGGAGCCACGCCAUCGCGGACGGUCAGCUCCGCGUCAUCCACCUCGACGACGCCGUUGUCGGCGACAACCUCGACGCCAGUCCCUCGCCAAUCGUCGGCGAAGUUGCGUCGACGACGGAGAGCAGCUUGAGCUUCGACGACUUUUAGCAUGAUCUCUCUCUCUCUUACCAAAGUUCCCAAUCGUCUGCAAAUUUCUGUUUGGCUAUGAAGUUUGUUGAUUGGCGUUUGAAAUUAUGUCUCUCUAAAUUUAAUGUGUAAUUUAUUUAAUUUAUAAUUAUUUAUUUAUUAAUUUAUUUGUUCAAGUUUUUUUUUUGUAAUAAUUUAUUGACAUUGUUCAUUCAUCCUUGUUUUUGGAUGAUGCCUAUGACUUGACUGUGACCUAACUUCCAUUGUGAAUGAGAAAGAAAAAAAUAUUCUUUUGCAACAAAAAAAGU